AUGAACGAAACUGUGUCGUCAGAAGAAUCUCCAAAAGUUUUCGAUUACGCGAAAAUUGUUGCUGACAAACUGAAUAUACCAUUUGACUACAAAAAAGCGUACGGUCGUCAACCAGCUAUUCAGCUGAAAAAGAAAACGUAUGAUGAGUUGGUUGCUCAAGUCGAAAAUGAUUCCGAUGACAAUGAUGAUGAGGAAUUAGUAGAACUUCAUCCGUCCGUAAAAGAACGUUGCAUCAAAACUUUGACUAACGUUCCUAUAGUUCACGCGUUCAAUAUGGCUGAAAGCCGCCUCGAAUCAAUGUCUCAGAACCAAAAGAGAACGAAAUAA